AUGAAUCAAGAAAACAAACUGAUCCACAACACCUCAACAUGGAAGACAAGAAAACCUGCUUGCCAUAUUCAAACUUCAUUCUCCCUUCAACAUAAUGAUCACAGGCUCAAGUGUAACUCUUCAAGCAAUGAUGAGGAUGAUGAGGGCAAAGAGAAAGUGAACAAUGAGAAUGAUACUAGGGUUGAGAAAAUUACAGGGCGUGAGAGGUUGAAGAGGCAUAGAGAAGAGGUUAAGGUACCAGAAAACUGGGAGAAGGAACCGAAGCUGAAGGAAUGGGUUGAUUAUACAACGUUUAAUGCAUUAAUAUCUGUUCCUCAUGCAUUGAUUGUUACUGCUCGUGAUGCGCUUAUUGCUGAUGUACGUAAAUCAAGAUCACAAAGACUAAGGAUCCAUAACUAG